AUGCACGAGGAGGACGAUGACUUCGACGUGCUGCUGCUGUUGAGUGACGCACACUCGCGGCACGAAGCUAGUUUGCGCAGUGUCCGCCGUGAAGUGCACCGGCAGAUGAUGGAGAGCGCGUGGCGCGCUGCAAUGCGCACACGUCACUACCUGACGGUGUCAUGCUUGGAUACACCUUGCUUGGCUGCGUGGAUGGCCCUUUACCGGGACGGUCUAGACACGAACUUCAUCAACGCUACAAGCCUCACGAGGUAG